UUUCAGCUUAAAAUGUAUUCUGAAAGCGUCCCAUGCAUAUUCAAAUAUUUAUCAUUUGACAAGAAAAGCCAUCUUGCAAAUUUCAACUCGAUAUUUCGCAAGCUUGAAAAAAAGCUUCCCUAUCACUUUAAUUGUAUAAAAAUCGAUACAACAAGGGAGGACUGGCACUUUUCGAUUGAUAAAAAAUAUAAUUUCAAUAUUCAAACUGCUCAGCUUGGCGCCAACGUUUUAUUCGGUGGAGUUCAACAAUUCGGAAUUUUAAUUGCAAGUCCUGAAGAUUCACAGACUGAAACCUUUCGGAAAUUGGUGGAUUUCUAUUUAAAUCGACCAGGAACAAGUAUUCAUACACUGCAAAUUCUGAAUCAUCCAUAUGGUCUCGAGGCGUGCUGCCAAUUGAAUAUUCGACACAUUUUUGUAAGAAUGCGGAUUGAAUCCCUGAGAUAUGACUACACGACCUGGUUUGAUUGCCUCCGAGCUCGCCCGUUCGAGACGGCGGAGGUGGAUUUUGUUGGAAUGGAUUACUUGAUUCUGGCGGAGCCUGUGAUAUAUUCAGCCAAGAAGCUGUGUAUAAAAUCAUCACGUGCAAUUCCGAUUCGCGCGAUUUCAAAUCUCCAAUCUCCUUGGAUAUUCUUAGAUUAUAAUAUGACCUCCCCGAAAGUUGUAAAUCUCUGCGAAAACUGGAUUCAGGACAAAAAACCGAUGGGCACCACCUUGACACUUUUCGUGUUCCGUGAGAAGUUUGAGCUGGUUAAUCAGGCGAUUGAUAAUAGGUUUGAAGCAAGUUCAGUGCAAAGGAGUGUGGAAGAUAGGGAACAAGUGAUUGUCACCAGUAAAGAUACCAAUGUGAAAAUCUUCAAGAACAGUCAAAAGCAGCUGAUAAUCCAAGUUGUUGAAUAAUCUGUAUUAUUAAGUUUUCAGCUGGAAUUGUUAAGUAAUAAACUAGUACUGCAUCGAG